AUGGCCUCGAUAUCUCAGGCGCCAUCGUCGAGUACCGAGCCAGCUCUUCGAGAUCCCCGCUCAAAUGCCGGUAGCAGACCAUUAUCAGAGAUAACGGAGAAUGAUCAGCAUAGAAGAGGGAUGGUAUCUUCGUCAAAUAGAUCAAGUUUACAUAAAGAUAAAGACAAGUCACGUCCGGUUUCGACGAUAUCUGUAUCUGAAGAAUCACCCAAGAAGACUUCGGCUGGUAUGGGUAUGGGUGUACAGACUAUAACGUUGAAUUUGGUCGAAUAUGCAAAAUCGCAAUCGCAGUCACAAAGUACACCAACACCUAUGAUACAGAUGCCACCUCAGACUGAACAACAGAAUCAUAAUGAUUCUGAUAAGAUCCCACCUCCUCCUUCACCCACUACCAAACCGCAACCUCCGGAAUUACCGAAAAGGCAUGAAUCGGUCUCAUUGACAAAAGGUAAAGAGAAAGAAAAGAAGGGGUCGCCAAAGCUGUUGGAUAAGGACUUACCUGAGACUGGCGAGUCAUCCCGCUCAGGUGUAUCGUCUUUCUUACUUGCCAAAAGAGCUUCACUCCGCCCUUCAUCACUUACCAUCUCCUAUGCGGAGGUAGCCAAACCUGUCCCUUCACCUUCUGCAAACUCAGCUACAAUCACCGCACCGACCGCAUCCGCAUCCGCUUUUGAUUCUGUAGAUAGUUUACGGACAUCUUCUUCCGGUGCGGAUAUCACUUCUAAACCAGUUACAAAGUCCAAACCAUCAUGGCUCAGACGAGCAAGCGGUACAGCAGCUCUACGAUCUAAAUCACGUACGCCACCUCCCAAAGACGAUUCGUCCCUACCCACUUCCACAUCUCUACCGCCCGCAUUACCAGCUCGUAAAGGCUUGGAACCACAUGCGGAAGUACCCACCUCGCAAUCCUUACCUGAAGAAGGACUGGGUAUGGCACCUCCCCCUUUCCCACCUAGGAAAAGCUCUUACGCCAAUGUUACUGCUGCCGGACCCAGUAGAAGUAGAUUAGGCGAAGGACAAGGUAGACCUGCUUUCUCUCCUUCUUCCAGCGGAGGUCCUCCACCAUUACCCUCCAGAGAUAAUAUAGGGAAUAUUAGAGGUAAGAUCGCUGCGUGGACUGCAGCUGCUGCUCAAUCCAGUAGUGGAUUCUCAAGAUCGGAGUCAUCAGCUUCGAUACACACUCAAUCUCAGUCGGGAUCGGGAGGAUCUGGAUUUGGACCACAGAGAUUACCAGCUUCUGCUCAAAGGGUACUGGGACAUGCCGGUUCGGCUGUACAGAAGGGAUGGGCCGGUCUGAGAUCGAGAGGUGUGGGUGGGAGUAUUAGUUCGAUGUCUUCUUUAGGUCAGUCGUCGCGAAGGAAUGGUAAUGAAUUGUCAUUCGAACCUUCAUCUUCAUGGGGAUCGGGACUAAACAGAGGAAGCAGAGAUAGAUCAAGAUCGGAUAAUUACGAAUUUGGACAUGGUCAUGAAGCACCCACGCCCGAUGGUCCGACUUUCGAAUCUGAUACGAUCAAACGAUCAGGAGAUGGAACGGUUGGAAAGGUAUUUGGUAGGGAUGUAGUGGAUUCAGGAAAGGAAUGGGGCAUAUUCGAUGAUACGAUAGAUCAAAGUGAUUUGGAUGAUUAUGAAAAGAGAAGAAGGAAAUGUUUGCCUGCUGUGGUCAUUCGUUCGGUGGAAUAUCUGCAAAUAUGGGGUCCGAAGGAAGAAGGGAUCUUCAGGAUCAGCGGAAGGAGUAGUCAUAUUGCGAAACUGAGGAAAGAAUUUGAUUCAGGUGCGGAUAUAGAUCUUACGAAAUGUCAUCCGGGAGAUCUGGAUCCUCAUGCUGUAGCUGGACUGUUCAAAUCGUAUUUACGAGAGCUGCCGUCACCGCUUUUGACACAUGAUCUUGCACCUCGCUUCGAUUCCUACAUCAAGGGCAAAGGAAAAGCUACCAAUCGAGCGACAUUCGUUUCCAUGGCUGCUGAGGAUGGACAUUCCGAACAGCCAGAAGAUCUAAAAUCGCUGCUGCAGCAGUUACCGCAAGCUCAUUGGUUCUUGCUUGCCGACACAGUCAAACUUCUCGAUCUCAUCCCUCGACAUUCCUCGACAAAUCGAAUGACUCAGAAUGCUCUUAUGCUCUCCCUGGGACCCUCACUGAAUAUACCUGGUGCCAUACUGAGCGAACUCAUCGAAAGGCGCGAAGACCUUUUCGCCAAUCCACCGUCACCUUCAGCUCUCGAGACCGCAGAAGCUCUGAUAGAUUUUGGUGACGUGUCCAUACCGCCUGUCACUCCGUUGACCGAAAGAUCCUCAACACCCGUAUCUUCAAAUACAGAUGAUCAUCCUGGUCCUCCAUCCUAUAUGGGAUCUACAAAAUCGAAGAAAGGACCUCGCAUACCUGCGAAACCAAGUCUGACAAGGUUGUUCACCUCAUCCAGCCAUACUUCCCUUCCGCGACAGAAGAGCAUAGAUACGUUGAAUAGUAUACUUAGUCCUGAACCUCCUCGAGUGGAAGUACCUAUCUCACCUGCAUCGCCAUUACCUUCAUUCGAAGCUUCUCGAUCGGAGGAUACCACACCUAAAGCUUUACCCGCACCUUUAAUACUCUCCACCGCCACUGCUGAGAAUGUACCUAUUCCUGAAACACCGAUACCCAAUUCGGAUAUAAGUUCGUCAGAUAAAAUUGAAGAGAUACAUUAUUCAAGUGGAACGGUAGAUGAAAGAUCCAAGUUGUUUUCUACACCUAUCGCAGAUAGGUUCCAAAAUACCUCUUCGCCGUUCCCAUCGCUUCGUCAUGCUAGCGAAGGUAAUUUAUCUAAGGUUGCUCUGGUGGAACAUAGUCCGAAUCCUGUUAAUGUGAUUAGAAGGGGGGCACCUGUAUUUUUCUCCUCUGCUGCUGUUCUGGAUCGACACUCUAGUACUUCAGGUGGCGGACACAAGAGAUCAGCAUCGGCUUCUGCAACUGCUACUCUGAGUAAUGCAAACACAAGCGGACUGAAGAGGAAAGAUAGUGAAGAAGAUGGAUCGACUGAUGGGAAUGGAAAGAAGAAUGAAGACGAAGAUGGUAGAGAGCAGAAACGAUUAUCGGCCGGACCAGAUAGUCUGAACUUAGAGAAUAUACUGUAUAGAGCAUAG